AUGGAGCCAAGUGCAAAGAUUUGUGAAAUGGGCCUCAACAGAGGUCACAGCAUCGGGAAGGUCCUCAUCGCCAACCGAGGAGAGAUCGCGUGCAGAGUGAUGCGAACAGCAAAGAAAAUGGGUGUGAAGUCUGUAGCAGUUUAUAGUGAAGCAGACAGGAAUUCCAUGCAUGUAGCAAUGGCAGAUGAAGCAUAUUGCAUUGGUCCAGCACCCUCACAGCAGAGUUACUUGGCCAUGGAGAAAAUAAUGCAAGUGGCCAAGGUCUCAGCAGCACAGGCUAUUCAUCCAGGUUAUGGUUUCCUCUCAGAAAACACAGAGUUUGCAGAGUUGUGCAAGCAAGAGGGAAUCAUCUUCAUAGGUCCACCUUCAUCUGCUAUCAGAGAUAUGGGUAUUAAGAGCACUUCCAAAGCUAUAAUGUCUGCUGCUGGCGUUCCUGUUGUUGAAGGUUAUCAUGGAGAAGAUCAAUCGGAUGAAUGUCUAAAGGAACAUGCCAAGAGAAUAGGAUAUCCAGUAAUGAUUAAAGCUGUUCGUGGAGGUGGAGGAAAGGGCAUGAGAAUUGCUCACUCAGAAAAGGAAUUUCUGGACCAACUAGAAUCAGCUAGGAGAGAAGCCAAGAAGUCUUUCAAUGAUGAUGCAAUGCUGAUUGAGAAAUUUGUGGAUAAUCCAAGGCAUGUUGAAGUCCAAGUAUUUGGUGACCAGCAUGGCAAUGCAGUCUAUUUGUUUGAAAGAGACUGCAGUGUGCAAAGAAGACAUCAGAAGAUCAUUGAAGAGGCACCAGGGCCAGGAAUUAAUCCUGAAGUUCGAAAGAGACUUGGAGAAGCUGCUGUCAAAGCAGCUAAAGCAGUGAAUUAUGUGGGAGCAGGAACAGUGGAAUUUAUUAUGGACUCCCAACAUAAUUUUUACUUCAUGGAGAUGAAUACCAGACUUCAAGUAGAGCACCCAGUUACAGAGAUGAUCACUGGGACAGACCUGGUGGAAUGGCAGCUUAGGGUUGCAGCAGGAGAGAAGAUUCCCCUAAUGCAGGAAGAGAUUCUGCUCCGGGGCCAUGCAUUUGAAGCUAGAAUAUAUGCUGAAGACCCCAAUAAUAACUUCAUGCCAGGGGCUGGCCCGUUGUUGCACUUAUCCACCCCACCACCUGACAGUUUCACCAGGAUAGAAACUGGAGUCAGACAAGGUGAUGAGGUUUCUGUUCAUUAUGAUCCCAUGAUUGCAAAGCUCGUUGUGUGGGCUGAGGAUCGUCCAGCAGCCCUGAGAAAGCUGCGGUACAGUUUGCAUCAAUAUAAUAUUGUAGGAUUAAGCACUAAUAUUGAUUUCUUACUGAGACUGUCAGGACACCCGCAGUUUGAGGCUGGAAACGUGCACACUGAUUUCAUUCCUCAACACUAUGAUGAACUAUUUCCAACAAAAAAGGCAACUCCACAUGAAGUUAUGUGUCAGGCAGCUCUAGGGCUCAUACUGAAAGAGAAAAUGCUAACAGAUGCUUUUAGAGAUCAGUCAGAUGAUAAAUUCUCACCAUUUGCAUCGAGUACUGGUAGAAGACUAAAUAUAUGCUAUACUAGAAAACUGUCUCUGCUGGAUGGGGAAAACAUUGUGGAUGUUGCUGUAAGUUACAAUCAGGAGGGGUCAUACACCAUGCAGAUUCAGGAUAAAACAUUCCUGACUUCUGGAGAGAUCAUCAAUGAGGAUGAUUCAGUUUACUUGAGGUCUUCAGUAAAUGGAACAGUGUGUAAGGCCAAAUUGGUCAUUUUGGACAAUACCAUUUAUCUCUUCUUUCCGGAAGGCAGAGCUCAGAUUGGCCUUCCUGUACCCAAGUUCUUGUCUGCAGUGAGUUCAGUGGGAGUGCAGAGUGGUGCCAUAGCACCCAUGACAGGCACAGUUGAAAAGGUGUUUGUGAAAGCAGGGGAUAAGGUUCAGACUGGAGACCCUCUAAUGGUUAUGAUAGCUAUGAAAAUGGAGCAUACCAUCAGGGCUCCAAAAUCAGGAGUGAUUAAAAAGGUUAAUUUCCAAGAAGGUGCCCAGGCCAAUAGACAUGCUGCACUUGUUGAAUUUGUGGAGGAAGAGGAUGAGUCAAAAUAAAGUCCAAGGAAGGGUUUUAAGCAGCUGU